GCCCCUUUCCGAAUUUUGGGCAAAGCUCCUCCUUCUGGAAUCCUCAGGCGGAAAGCAUGGAAAAGCAGUGGCCAGAGCGGACAAGAUGCUCCGCUUCAGGCAGCGGUGGUCGUGGCCACUAAGUAUAGGUGUCCGGCAAGUGGAAGCUGCAUUGCGCAGCGGAGCCACGAUCUACCUGCCGCCUCGAUGGCCAGGCGAUUCCCACCUCCUCGUUUUCACAGCACAGAAGCUGAACACGCGAUUGUGCACCAUGCAGGAGUACCAAUUGCUGAUUUUAUUUAUGAUGGAGGCAGCCUUGAGAGACAGCCGUCCGGACCAUCCCGGUAUAACCAUCGUGCUGGACGUGCGGCUGCUCUCUUCCGUCAUUUGGCAGGCAUGCCUCUCUGGUUGGAACGACAUGAGAAGAGGAAUUGAACUAUGCUCUGCACUUCCGAUCAAGGCACCCCAUGUACAACUCAUCGAAGAUGAAGCUCGUUGGGUUGCCACCUCCGCAGUGCAAUUUUUUCUUUCCAAGUUUGGCUCCAAGAUGAGGUCACGUGUUCACAGGGGUGGGCCGCAGGCAGCGAUUGACAAGCUUGGGACGGAGAUAUUGCCGGAUUUUCUUGGUGGGCGGCGAGAUUCCAUGGCCGAGUUCUCUUCCUGGCUGGAGAAAUCACAGCUUGCGAACCCUGUCGAGAUUGCUAGUGCUUCUAUUCGGUCAUCAGCUGCUUGA